GCCGGCGGCCGCGACACGCCGCCGUCUAGGGCCUGCUGCCCGGCCCGUGGGCCCACGAGGCUGCGCCGGCGCCCCGGGCCGAGUCCAGUCCGCGUUUUGCAAGUGCGCAAGAGUCAUCAGCGAGAAGUGGAUAAUAGUUGCUCCGGCUCGCACGGCUCCCUCUCAUGCCUUGCUGGGCCCGAUAGGCUCAGCCAGUCGUGUAUUUACCCAUAUCCGGGUUAGAGAGGAAAAGAGAAAAAAGUUUCAUUUAAACCUGAACCAAAAACUUUCACCAUGAAAGCACACAGCGGGAGCAGGCCCAGACCGUAAGGCGUGCCCCCGGCGCGGCUCUCGCGGGCCUGCGGAGGGGGAGGGGGUCGGCGCUUCCCGGAGGGCCGCGUGGAUGCGCACAGGAGGGGCCGCGCACUAAAAAAAAGUGGGGGUAUUGUUUCCCCCCGGCCCCCGCCCGGCCGCGCCACGCCGCGGUGGCGAUCAUGGCUGCGCGGGCAGCAGCGGCGGCGGCUGCGCGGGCGCGGGCAGGCAGCGGCGAGCGGCGGGCGCCCCCCGGGCCGCGGCCGGUGCCCGGGCCCCGGGACCUAGAGGCGGGGGCGCGCGGCGCGGCGGCGACUGCAACAGCGGCGGCAGCGGCUCCGGGACCCAUGCUGGGGGGCGGCGACGGCCCGAAUAAUGUGCACCACCACCCCCUGCUCCCCCGUCACGAACUGAACAUGGCCCAUAGCGCUAGCGCCGCGGCUGUCGCCGCCGCCGCCAGUACGAACAGCGCCAAAAGCGGCGGCUCCGAGGCGGCUCUCAAGGAGGGUGGAAGCGCCGCCGCGCUGUCCUCUUCCUCCGCGGUGGCGGUGGCGGUGGCGGCGGCGUCCGCGUCCUCUUCCUCCUCUUCAGGCUCGGGCUUGGCCAUGGAGACCGGGCUGCUCCCCAACCACAAACUGAAAGCCGUUGGCGAGGCCCCCGCCGCGCCGCCCCAUCACCACCACCAUGCCCACCACCACCACCACCACCAUGCCCACCACCUCCACCACCACCACGCACUACAGCAACAGCUAAACCAGUUCCAGCAGCAACAGCAGCAGCAGCAGCAACAGCAACAGCAGCAGCAUCAUCCCGUCUCCACCAGCAGCAGCCUGGGCGGCGCAGGCGGCGGCACGUCUCAGCCCAGCCCGGACAUGGAGCCACCGCAACAUGGAGGCGCCAAGGACAGUGCCGCGGGCGGCCAGGCCGACCCACCCGGCCAGCCUCUGCUGAGCAAGCCGGGCGACGAGGACGACGCGCCACCCAAGAUGGGGGAGUCGGCAGGCGGUCGCUACGAGCACCCCGGCCUGGGCGCGCAGCCGCCGCCGCCCGUCGCUGUGCCCGGGGGCGGCGGCGGCGGCGGCGGCGGCGGCGGCGGCGGCGGCCCGGCGGCCGUCUCGGAGUUUAAUCAUUACUAUGGAAGCACUGCCCCUGCUAGCGGCGGUCCCGGCGGCCGCGCUGGGCCUUGCUUUGAUCAACAUGGCGGACAACAAAGCCCCGGGAUGGGGAUGAUGCACUCCGCCUCAGCCGCCGCCGGGACCGCCGGCAGCAUGGACCCCCUGCAGAACUCCCACGAAGGGUACCCCAACAGCCAGUACAACCAUUAUCCGGGCUACAGCAGGCCCGGCGCGGGCGGCGGCGGCGGAGGAGGAGGUGGAGGAGGUGGUGGAGGAGGAGGAGGAGGAGGAGGAGGAGGAGGCAGCGGAGGAGGAGGAGGAGGAGGAGGAGGAGCAGCAGGAGCGGGAGCUGUGGCGGCGGCGGCCGCGGCGGCAGCAGCAGGAGGCGGCGGCGGCUAUGGGGGUUCGUCCUCGGGGUACGGGGUGCUGAGCUCCCCCCGGCAGCAGGGCGGCGGCAUGAUGAUGGGCCCCGGGGGCGGCGGGGCCGCAAGCCUCAGCAAGGCGGCCGGCGGCGCGGCAGCGGGGGGCUUCCAGCGCUUCGCCGGGCAGAACCAGCACCCGUCGGGGGCCACGCCGACCCUCAACCAGCUGCUCACCUCGCCCAGCCCCAUGAUGCGGAGCUACGGCGGCAGCUACCCGGACUACAGCAGCUCCAGCGCGCCGCCGCCGCCGCCGCCGCCGUCGCAGCCCCAGUCCCAGGCGGCGGCCGUGGCGGGCGCGGCGGGCGCGGCGGCGGCGGCGGCGGCGGGCGGCCAGCAGGCGGCCGCGGGCAUGGGCUUGGGCAAGGACUUGGGCGCCCAAUACGCCGCCGCCAGUCCGGCCUGGGCGACCGCGCAACAAAGGAGCCACCCGGCGAUGAGCCCCGGAACCCCCGGAGCGGCGCUGAGCAGAUCCCAGGGCAGUCCAAUGGACCCAAUGGUGAUGAAGAGACCUCAGUUGUAUGGGAUGGGCAGUAAUCCCCAUUCCCAGCCGCAACAAAGUAGUCCCUACCCAGGAGGCUCCUAUGGCCCCCCAGGUGCACAGCGGUACCCCCUCAGCAUACAGGGCCGGGCUCCAGGGGCCCUCGGAGGCAUGCAGUACCCUCAGCAGCAGAUGCCACCUCAGUAUGGACAACAAGGUGUGAGUGGUUACUGCCAACAAGGCCAACAGCCAUAUUACAACCAGCAGCCACAGCCCCCACAUCUACCACCCCAGGCACAGUAUCUGCCAUCCCCAUCCCAGCAGAGAUACCAGUCACAGCAGGACAUGUCUCAGGAAGGCUAUGGCUCUAGAUCUCAACCUCCCCUGGCCUCUGGAAAACCCAACCAUGAAACAGACUUGAAUUUAAUACAACAAGAAAGACCAUCAAGUUUACCAGACCUGUCUGGCUCCAUCGAUGACCUCCCCACAGGAACAGAAGCAACAUUAAGCUCAGCAGUUAGUGCAUCUGGGUCUACAAGCAGUCAAGGGGAUCAGAGCAACCCAGCCCAGUCACCUUUCUCUCCACAUGCAUCACCCCAUCUCUCCAGCAUCCCUGGAGGGCCCUCACCUUCUCCAGUUGGCUCUCCUGUAGGAAGCAAUCAGUCACGAUCUGGCCCAAUUUCUCCUGCAAGUAUUCCAGGCAGCCAGAUGCCCCCUCAGCCACCUGGAAACCAGUCAGAAUCCAGUUCCCAUCCUGCCUUGAGCCAGUCACCAAUGCCACAAGAAAGAGGUUUUAUGGCAGGCACACAAAGAAAUCCUCAGAUGUCUCAGUAUGGGCCUCAACAGACAGGACCAUCCAUGUCGCCUCAUCCUUCUCCUGGGGGCCAGAUGCAUCCUGGAAUGAGUAGCUUUCAGCAGAGUAAUUCAAGUGGGACCUACGGUCCACAGAUGAGCCAGUAUGGACCACAAGGUAACUACUCCAGACCCCCAACGUAUAGUGGGGUGCCCGGUGCAAGUUACAGUGGCCCAGGGCCCGGGAUGGGUAUCAAUGUCAACAACCAGAUGCAUGGACAAGGGCCAAGCCAGCCAUGUGGUGCUAUGCCCCUGGGACGAAUGCCAUCAGCUGGGAUGCAGAACAGACCAUUUCCUGGAAACAUGAGCAGCGUGACCCCCAGUUCUCCUGGCAUAUCUCAGCAGGGUGGGCCAGGAAUGGGGCCACCAAUGCCUACUGUGAACCGUAAGGCACAGGAGGCUGCUGCAGCUGUGAUGCAGGCUGCUGCAAACUCAGCACAAAGCAGGCAAGGCAGUUUUCCUGGCAUGAACCAGAGUGGACUCAUGGCUUCCAGCUCUCCCUACAGCCAGCCCAUGAACAACAGCUCUGGCCUAAUGAACACACAAGGGCCGACUUAUAGUAUGACACCAGCUAUGGUGAACAGCGCGACAGCAUCUAUGGGUCUUGCAGAUAUGAUGUCUCCUGGUGAAUCCAAGCUGCCCAUGCCUCUCAAAGCAGAUGGCAAAGAAGAAGGCACUCCACAGUCUGAGAGCAAGUCAAAGGAUAGCUACAGCUCUCAGGGUAUUUCUCAGCCCCCAACCCCAGGCAACCUGCCAGUCCCUUCCCCAAUGUCCCCCAGCUCUGCUAGCAUCUCCUCCUUUCAUGGAGAUGAGAGCGAUAGCAUUAGCAGCCCAGGCUGGCCAAAGACUCCAUCAAGCCCUAAGUCCAGCUCAUCCACCACCACAGGGGAGAAGAUCACAAAGGUGUAUGAGCUGGGAAAUGAGCCCGAGAGGAAACUGUGGGUUGACCGAUACUUGACUUUCAUGGAAGAGAGGGGCUCCCCUGUCUCCAGUUUGCCCGCAGUGGGCAAAAAGCCCCUAGACCUGUUCCGACUCUAUGUUUGUGUCAAAGAGAUUGGAGGUUUGGCACAGGUUAAUAAAAACAAGAAGUGGCGUGAGCUGGCAACCAACCUAAAUGUUGGCACUUCAAGCAGCGCAGCAAGCUCCCUGAAAAAGCAGUAUAUUCAGUACCUAUUUGCCUUUGAGUGCAAGAUUGAAAGAGGGGAGGAGCCCCCACCAGAAGUCUUCAGCACAGGGGAUACAAAGAAGCAGCCCAAGCUUCAGCCGCCAUCUCCUGCUAACUCAGGAUCCCUGCAAGGCCCGCAGACGCCGCAGUCAACAGGCAGCAAUUCCAUGGCAGAGGUUCCAGGUGACCUGAAGCCCCCUACCCCAGCUUCCACCCCUCAUGGACAAAUUGCUCCAAUGCAAGGUGGAAGAAGCAGUACAAUCAGUGUGCAUGACCCAUUCUCAGAUGUGAGUGAUUCAUCGUUUCCAAAAAGGAAUUCUAUGACUCCAAAUGCCCCAUACCAACAAGGCAUGAGCAUGCCAGACAUGAUGGGAAGGAUGCCCUAUGAACCCAACAAGGACCCCUUUGGGGGAAUGAGAAAAGUGCCUGGAAGCAGUGAGCCCUUUAUGACUCAAGGACAGAUGCCCAACAGCAGCAUGCAGGACAUGUAUAACCAAAGUCCCUCAGGAGCAAUGUCCAAUCUGGGGAUGGGGCAGAGGCAGCAGUUUCCCUAUGGGGCAAGUUAUGACCGAAGGCAUGAACCUUAUGGGCAGCAGUAUCCAGGCCAAGGUCCUCCUGCAGGACAGCCACCGUAUGGAGCGCACCAGCCUGGCCUGUAUCCACAGCAGCCGGUGAGUGGGCAGAAUUACAAGCGCCACAUGGAUGGCAUGUAUGGGCCUCCAGCCAAGCGACAUGAGGGAGACAUGUACAACAUGCAGUAUGGCAACCAGCAGCAAGAGAUGUAUAACCAGUACGGAAGCUCUUACUCUGGCCCGGACCGAAGGCCCAUGCAGGGACAGUACCCAUAUCCCUAUAAUAGGGAGAGGAUACAGGGCCCAGGCCAGAUGCAGCCCCAUGGAAUCCCACCUCAGAUGAUGGGAGGCCCGAUGCAAUCAUCUUCCAGUGAAGGGCCUCAGCAGAACAUGUGGGCAGCACGCAACGAUAUGCCUUAUCCCUACCAGAACAGACAGGGCCCUGGCGGCCCUGCACAGGCACCCCCUUAUCCAGGGAUGAGCCGCACAGAUGAUAUGAUGGUACCUGAUCAGAGGAUAAAUCAUGAGAGCCAGUGGCCUUCUCAUGUCAGCCAACGCCAGCCUUACAUGUCAUCUUCAGCUUCCAUGCAGCCCAUCACACGCCCACCUCAGACAUCCUACCAGACGCCACCAUCACUGCCAAACCACAUCUCCAGGGCACCCAGCCCAGCUUCCUUCCAGCGCUCCCUGGAAAACCGCAUGUCUCCAAGCAAGUCUCCCUUUCUGCCCACCAUGAAGAUGCCGAAGGUCAUGCCUACUGUCCCCACAUCCCAGGUCACUGGGCCACCCCCUCAGCCACCCCCCAUCAGAAGGGAAAUUACCUUUCCUCCUGGCUCAGUGGAAGCAUCACAGCCAGUCCUGAAACAAAGGCGAAAGAUUACCUCAAAAGAUAUUGUUACUCCUGAGGCAUGGCGUGUGAUGAUGUCCCUUAAGUCAGGUCUUCUGGCUGAAAGCACUUGGGCUUUGGACACUAUCAACAUUCUUCUCUAUGAUGACAGCACUGUCGCUACUUUCAAUCUCUCUCAGUUAUCUGGAUUUCUCGAACUUUUAGUAGAGUACUAUAGAAAAUGCCUGAUUGACAUUUUUGGAAUUCUUAUGGAAUAUGAAGUGGGAGACCCCAGCCAAAAAGCACUUGAUCACAAUGCAGUGAGAAAAGAAGAUAGCCAGUCCUCUGCUGACGAUUCUGGGAAGGAGGAAGAAGACACUGAGUGUCUUGAUGAAGAUGAGGAAGAGGACGAGGACGAGGAAGACCGUGAAAAGACAGAAGCUGAUGCCAAGGGCAUUGCUGCCCUCAGCGCUGCAGAUGCCACUGCAGACCCCAAGGAGAAGCCCAAACAGGCCAGUAAGUUUGACAAGCUACCAAUAAAGAUUGUCAAAAAGAACAACCUAUUUGUUGUUGACCGGUCGGACAAGCUGGGCCGAGUGCAAGAGUUCAACAGCGGGCUUCUACACUGGCAGCUUGGGGGUGGCGACACCACUGAGCACAUCCAGACUCACUUUGAGAGCAAGAUGGAAAUCCCACCUCGCAGACGCCCACCACCCCCUUCUAACUACACGGGUAGAAAGAGAGAGUCAGAAGGCAAAGGUGAUUGCGAAGAGCAGCCAGAGAAAAGCAUCAUAGCCACUAUUGACGAUGUCCUGUCUGCUCGGCCAGGGGCCUUGCCUGAAGACACAAACCCUGGGCCCCAGCCAGAAAGCAGCAAGUUCCCCUUUGGUAUCCAGCAAGCAAAAAGUCACCGGAACAUCAAGCUGCUGGAGGAUGAGCCGAGGAGCCGAGACGAGACGCCCCUGUGCACCAUCGCACACUGGCAGGACUCACUGGCUAAGCGCUGCAUCUGUGUGUCCAACAUCGUGCGGAGCUUAUCUUUCGUGCCUGGCAAUGAUGCCGAGAUGUCCAAACAUCCAGGCUUGGUGCUGAUCCUGGGGAAGCUGAUCCUUCUUCACCAUGAACAUCCAGAGCGGAAACGAGCACCACAGACCUAUGAGAAAGAGGAGGACGAGGACAAGGGGGUGGCCUGCAGCAAAGAUGAGUGGUGGUGGGACUGCCUUGAGGUCUUGCGGGAUAACACACUGGUCACGUUGGCCAACAUCUCCGGGCAGCUAGACUUGUCUGCCUACACAGAAAGCAUCUGCUUGCCAAUUCUGGAUGGCUUGCUGCACUGGAUGGUAUGCCCAUCUGCGGAGGCGCAAGACCCGUUUCCCACCGUGGGACCUAACUCAGUCCUGUCACCUCAGAGACUUGUGCUGGAGACCCUCUGUAAACUCAGUAUCCAGGACAAUAAUGUGGACCUGAUCUUGGCCACACCUCCAUUUAGUCGUCAGGAGAAAUUCUAUGCUACUUUAGUUAGGUACGUUGGGGAUCGCAAAAACCCAGUCUGUCGAGAAAUGUCCAUGGCGCUUUUAUCGAACCUUGCCCAGGGGGAUGCAUUAGCAGCGAGGGCAAUAGCUGUGCAGAAGGGAAGCAUUGGAAACUUGAUAAGCUUCCUGGAGGACGGGGUCACAAUGGCGCAAUACCAGCAGAGCCAGCAUAACCUCAUGCACAUGCAGCCCCCGCCUCUGGAACCACCUAGCGUAGACAUGAUGUGCAGGGCAGCCAAGGCUUUGCUGGCCAUGGCCAGAGUGGACGAGAACCGCUCGGAAUUCCUUUUGCACGAGGGCCGGUUGCUGGAUAUCUCAAUAUCAGCUGUCCUGAACUCUCUGGUUGCAUCUGUCAUCUGUGAUGUACUAUUUCAGAUUGGGCAGUUAUGACAUAAGUGAGAAGGCAAGCAUGUGUGAGUGAAGAUUAGAGGGUCACAUAUAACUGGCUGUUUUCUGUUCUUGUUUAUCCAGCGUAGGAAGAAGGAAAAGAGAAUCUUUGCUCCUCUGCCCCAUUCACUAUUUACCAAUUGGGAAUUAAAAAACAAUUAAUUUGAACAGUUAUGAAAUUAAUAUUUGCUGUCUGUGUGUAUAAGUACAUCCUUUUGGGGUUUUUCUAUUUUUUUUAACCAAAGUUGCUGUCUAGUGCAUUCAAGUCACUUUUUGUUUUUCAUGGAUUUCUUUUUAAUGUUACUUUCCAUGUUGUAUUGCAUUUUGGGGAAGCAAAUUGAUUUUAAAGAAAAAAGUUUGACAAAAAUACUAAGAUGGGAGAAUUUCACCACACUGAGGCAAAAGGUGAAAAGUUACCAAUUUUCUGUGCUUUUUAUUCUUCAGAGAAUUAAAAAAACUGCAAUCCAUCAUCCAAAGCUCUGUGCAAUAGAAACUUCUAGAGCAAUUAGGGGCUCAAGGAGGUAUGUCAGUCAGUAAUCAGAACUAUGAAUGAUACUGGUUUCUCCGCAGGAAAAUGGUCAUAUUAGGCUAGGAGCAAAACCAUCCCUGACAGUGAUCAGUAGAAACUGCUUCCUCACCACUACCACCGUGUCUGCUGUCUGUCGUUUGGCCUCCACAUGACAGUUCUUCACAAUUCCUUUAAUCAUUUUUUAAAUAUUUUUUUUACUGCCUAUGGGCUGUGAUGUAUAUAGAAGUUGUACAUUAAACAUACCCUCAUCUUUUUCUUCUUUUUUUUUUUUUUUUUUUUUUUUUUAGUACGAAGUUUUUAGUUUCUUUUUCAUGAUGUGGUAACUACGAAGUGAUAGUAGAUUUAAAUAAUUUUUUAUUUUUAUUUUAUAUAUUUUUUCAUUAGGGCCAUAUCUCCCAAAAAAGAAAGAAAAAUACAAAAAACAAAAACAAAAACAAAAAAAAAAAACAAAAAAAAGAGGGUAAUGUACAAGUUUCUGUAUGUAUAAAGUCAUGCUCUAUUUUGGGAGAGCAGCUGAUCCCAAUUUGCUUCAUGAAUCAAGGUGUGGAAAUGGUUGCAUAUGGAUUGAUUUAGAAAAUGGUUACUAAUACAGACAAAAAAAGAAAGAAAAAAUACAGCUAAAAGGAAGAAACACAACUUCAAAGAUUUUUCAGUGAUGAGAAUCCACAUUUGUAUUUCAAGAUAAUGUAGUUUAAAAAACAAGAAAAAAACUUGAUGUAAAUUCCUCCUUUUCCUCUGGCUUAAUGAAUAUCAUUUAUUCAGUAUAAAAUCUUUAUAUGUUCCACAUGUUAAGAAUAAAUGUACAUUAAAUCUUGUUAAGCACUGUGAUGGGUGUUCUUGAAUACUGUUCUAGUUUCCUUGAAGUGGUUUUCAUAGUAACCAAGUUAUCUACAAGAAACGGGAAAUACAGCAGCAUCCUCACAUUAUAAAACCCUAAGGUUAGAAGUGACCUUUCAGGGUUACCUACUUUAGAGUGGGGAGCAACAGUUUGAUUUUCUCAAAUUAUUUAGCUAAUUAGUCUUUCUUUGAAGCAAAUAACUCUUAAGGACAUUGAGGUAUGAUAAUUUCCAGUAAAAAUGGGAGGUAACUGCCAACCCACUUGAGGUGAGAUCUCCAAAGCUGACUGGGCCUGAAAAUGUAACAUUCUGCCUUUUACUAAUGUCAUCUGAAUUUUAAUCAAAGAUCAAGCUAUCCAUGUUUCUUCUGUGUGCCUCAAAGUUAUUUUGCAUUUAGUUUACUCACCGUGUAUAAUACUUAUAUUGUGCAAUGUUAAAAAGAGUUGUUAUAUUGUAUGUGGUGUACAUAGUGCAAAGUGAUUAUUUCUAUUUCAGGACAUAUUAUUCUCAUAUUCCUUCCUACCUGAUGCACAGUAGGUUUUUAAUACUCGUCAACGCUAACAUAAGUUUUCUCUUUCUGGGUCAUUGACUGUUAUUCUGUAACAAUCAAUUUCUUUGAAACUGCUGCAUAAUUAUGCUGUUAGUGGACUCCUUUCUUAUUCUGAUUCUACCUCUCUCAUCCCUCUUUUAGUCUCAGCAAUUCCCAACCCUCUGCCACACCUACUAUCUUGGUUCACAUUGCUCACGGUAAUAUAUGGAAGAGCUAGACAAGAACAUGCAGUUAUAAUCAGUACAAGAUGUGACUCUCUAGUGUCACAAGAAAAAAAUAAUUUUUCCUGCAAGCAGUCUUACUAUCUGUCAGUUCCCAUUUCACUUAAUCAAACAGUUGUCUUAGAUGACAACAUAGCCAUAUAUAUUGUAUUAAAUACCCAUUUAUAAUUACACUUUAAAUACAUCUGCUUGCUGGGAACAAUUUUUAGUGCUCCAAGCUUAAAACAGAGAUUUGUAAGAGGGACUCAAAAUUUUUCUGAUUUCUCUCUUACAGAAUAUGAAUAAAAGUUACACACAAACUUUGAAAUUAUAUAAUGUCCCAAUCAUUUUGUCAACCAGAAUAGUAAAAUCCUUGCAAAAGAAUGUUGGUGUCGUGCUUUGAGCUGUAGCCAGUGCUCAGAGCUGCCCACUGGGCAGCACAUGGUCAUCUGCUGAUGCCGCACAGUCUCUAGGCUCCUCCAGGAAGGCACUAGCGUCCUCUCUCCACUCUCACUCCAACAUCAAGACUUACAGAAGCCACGAAGAAUUUACAUCCUGCUUGAGAUCAUCUUGCCUAUAAACCAAGUUAUUGCUUUGUCCUAAAAAUUAGUUGUUUUUCUUUUCUAUGAGGCUUUUCAGAAAUUUACAGGAUGCCCAUACUUUAAAUGUGUACCCAAAAAAAAAAAAAAAUGAUAAAAAUAAAGGUGCAAAGAAAGUUUAGUAUUUUGGAA